AUGAUCGGCUUGAAGAAGAGCUUAAAAGGAUUCACUAAAACUCAAUUAGUUUCCAUUCAUGAGGAUUCAAGAAGAAACAUGACGACGCAAAUACGAAUCAAUACAAAGAAAACGCGCCAAAAAAUAUUCGCUUUUAAUGCGAUGCUCUUAAAAGAGAAUAAACGACAACAGACACUUGGAGCAGUAAAACAUUGUUAUGACUCUCACCAUAAGUAA